GAUGUCUUCAAAAUUGAGAGAUCCCUUAAAUAAUGAUGUUCCAUCGGACGAUGAUCUACAAGUAACUAAAGCAUUGAUGGAAGGAGAUGUUGAAGUAUUAAGGCAAGAAUGCUCCACCGUUAUAGGUAGAUUUAAAGUUAGUACAGCUAUGCUGUCCGGAAUAGAGGAAGCAUUAAAUGAGAGGAAAGAAGAAGUUGAAGCUGUUGAACAUCAGUUGGAAUUUUAUAAAAAUGACUUAAAAAAUAUAACUAAUGAGAUAGAAGAGCUCAAGAAAAAGAAAGAAGAUACGAAAGCUGAAAAUCAAGGACUCGUCGCUAUGCUUAAAUAUGCUAAGGACGAACAAGCGAAAACAUUAGAGAGAAGAGACAGUUUACGUCUUUCCAAAAGUAAUAUGUUGACCAUAUCCGAUAAAAAAUUCAGAUUCAACGACGAAAUAGCUAAAAACCUAGCAGACGGAGAAGCUAUUUAUUGUUGCUUAACUGAUUCUGCAAUACAAGGUGAAUCUGGACGGUUAAUGGAAACUAUGAAAGAAAAAGAACCAUCGUCUAGAGUUUCUGCUGUUUCAGCUUCGGAUCGUAUAUAAUCUUAAAGCCAGUCUACUUUAGGCUUCAUUUAGAAUGAAGAUAAAAUGAUAAAAUGAAAUAAA